AUGGCAGACAAGUAUUAUAUCGGAGAGAAUAUUAAGAAGACUGCGGUUCACCACAACUCAUACAAGGAUCUAUGGGAGAGCAAAUGGAAGGGACCGGCAACGAUGGGGGUAUAUCCCUUCAUGUUCGGUGCGCUGAAGGAUUUCGAGCCCGUGGCGGAAUCGAUCAUCGCACAAGGCCUGAAGGAGCCUUACGAUUGGGAUGCGUACGCGAAGAUGUAUUUCCCCAAAGCUGAAGAGCUGGCCAAGAUUGCGGAAGAAGCUGAGAAGGCGGGCGAGAAAGAGAAGGCUUCGGAAUACUACCUACGGAGCUCAGCUGUAUACCGCAUCUCCCGCUUUCCAACACCCAGAUCGGAACAGCAGAAGUACGCAUGGAAGGCGGGCAAAGAGGUCUUCUACAAGGGUGCUGGCCUAAUGGAAUACCCGAUCAAAGAGGUCCUGAUCCCCCACAAGCACGCCGUGUCCGGGGAAGGAGACGUAGUGCCUGUUAACUAUCUUCUCCCGCCAGGUGCCUCGGCCUCCAACCCCUGCCCCAUUGUCCUGAUCAUCACGGGUCUCGAUGGCUACCGCACAGAGCUGGCCGUUUGGCAGCAAGGCUUCCGCAUGAAGGGCAUUGGCACAGUCAUUGCCGAAAUCCCCGGCACGGGCGACUCGCCCGCCCUGCGGCAGGACCCUACCUCUCCAGACCGCCAGUGGUCCAGCGUGCUCGACUGGAUGAACGCGCAGAAGGAGAUCGACAGCUCCAAGAUCGUGUCCUGGGGCUUCUCCACUGGUGGCUACUACUCACUCCGACUGGCACACACGCACAAGGACCGCAUGCUGGCGUGCAUCAGCCUGGGCGGUGGCGCGCACCACAUGUUCGACCGCGAGUGGCUGCAGGAGGUCAACAAGCUGGAGUACCCCUUCGACCUCGCCAACACGUUGAGCUACAAGUUCGGCUACCCGGAUCUGGAGUCGUUCAUCAAGGAGGCGCCCAAAUUCUCGCUGCUCAAUGACGGUACGCUCGCCAAACCGUGCACGAAGGUGUUGCUGGUGAACGGCAACGACGAUGAGAUAUUCCCUAUCGACGACAUGUUUGUCGCGCUGGAGAACGGGCAGCCAAAGCUGGCGCGCAUGGUCAAGGGGAAGAAGCACAUGGGCGAGCCAGAUAGCUUUUUCAUCAUUCUCAAGUUCAUCUACGGCCUGUUGGGCAUCGAGGGAGAUAUCAUGGACCAGAUGAAGACGCUGCCUUUCAAGCCAAAGUAUUGA